AGCAAUAAUUGAAAUGUUAUAGGUUUAUUCAGCAUCUACUUUGUUCCUGAAAGGAAACCUUGCUUGAGUGAUAAUGCUCAUCGAAAUUCAUAGUAGGCUGCUGCAGCCAAAGGAUUUUAUUGUUUUUCUGAUCGCAUGAGGGGAUUAUUACAACUAGGAUUGAUUGCAAAAGAAAUAUCCAGUUUUAAGUCAACACGUAGAAGAUUGAUGGAGCUUUCCCACUUACUUCCUUUGAAAUUUCUACAAAAAAAAUAAAAUAAAGGGAUUAAACCCCCAUCCAAAAAAAAUAAAGCAAAGCUUGCUUGAGAAACAGCACAGUGCUCAUGCUCAUCAACAUUUGGAGGUGGCUACAUCAGCCAAAGGUAUGGAGAUUUGUGUGUUUUGCUUCAUCUAUCGUUGGCCUUAUCUGUUAUGCUUUGAGCUCCUCUUUCAAUCAUUUACUUGGAAAUUGGACCUGGUGGAAGUUACUUCUUUACAUUAUUUUCAGUUUUUUAAUUUCCCUUUCCACCUUGUUUGGAAAGACAUGGGAAUACUCCUACUCUCGCUGUUUGGAAGCUCACACAGCAUUUUCUGUUUUGCUUAUCACUUCUGUAUACUCCUUUUUCCUUGAUAAAGAUCUGAAACAGAAAGCAGAUGCCUAUAGUCUGCUUUCUUGUGUUGCUUUUGCUAUCAUGUCUCUAGGCUUGUCUAGGCUCAGUCAGUUAGGAUUUGAAGUUGAUCUCCUGUAUUUUUUCUGUGGACUUCUGACGGUACAACUCAUGAAAAUAAAACUUUGGCUAGUCACUGUUGGGGGAGCUUUCAGUUAUUCCCUCAUCCUUCUUCGUUCCAAUUUGGAUCUUCAACCAAGAAGUGGGUAUCAUGGACUUCAAAACCAAGAUCAUGUAGUAGUUGACAUUGGUUCUCAUUCACAACCACAAGGAAUCAGUAAUAGUGUUACUCAAGUGGAUUCAACCCGAACCAUUAUGGCUAGUUCACAACCUCAUCCUGUCAUUGAUAUGGUCUGGCCUUCAAGAGGAACAAGGCAUAGUGCUUCUGUAUUAAUUUCACCUCAAGAGGGUGGUUCUGGUGGUGGCCCUCCCGGAAACAUUUAUGGUACCGAGGAAUGCUUCAUGGGUUAUAUAGAGGCUCUUAAGAAGGAGAAUAGGAGAGUUAUCAGAGCAAUUUCCAUGCAUGUAGACAAAUACCUUAAAGCCAGUGUUCUUAGUAAGAAGCAGAUUUCAGUGCCAGAAUUGCAUGGCGACGACAACAUGGUGGUGGAUUCAUUGUCGUCAGGAAUGAUCGGCAAGCUUCGUGAAAGUGUACAGAAGAUGGUGUCAGACGGAUUUGUGAAGGAAUGCUUGCACGUGUACAGUGAUUGGCGGAGGGAGUUUUUGAAAGAGAGUCUCUGGGAAUUAGGGUUGCAAGAUCAAGAGCUCAACAGGGAGGACAUUAACAAGUCGGAGAAGAUUGAGAGGUUGAUAAAAGCUAUGAAAAUAACUGCGAGGAUACUCUUUCCCAAUGAAAAAAGACUCUUUAUUCGUGUCUUUAGCGGUUCCAUUCGCAAUGGGGAGUUUCAUUUCAGGGAACUUUGCACGGAAUUGGUUACUGGUCUGCUGAACUCAUCCCUUGCCUUGGCAACUUGGAGCCAUUUCAUGCGCAAUACAUUGCAGGAGUUGAUACAAGACUUUUUAUCAUUUACAUCAGGCAGAAAUAUUGUCGUGCCCCUGAUAAGACGGAGAUUGUGCAUUUAUGAGGCUUUGGAAGAUGUAUCACUCAUUCCCGGUGGCGGAAUUCAUCCUAUUACCCACGCAGUGAUGUACUAUAUUUAUUCUAUCAACAGAAAUAGGGAAAUUAGUAAACUUAGCCAAGAUUUGAAAGAGGGAAAGAUUCCAUCAUCUGUGCACAUGGCUAGAGUGAGAAUUCUGUUAGAGAGUAAGUCCAAAUAUGGUAAUAAGCUUACACUGAUGUACUACAUUAAAUCUCUAAAUCAAAGUAGGGAGAGUAAAUUUGGACAAGGUUUAGAAGAUGAAAUGCUUUCACCUGUUUACCUGAACAGGAUGACAGAGCUUUUAGAGAGCUGUUUGGUAGCCAACUCAAAAAAUUUCAAAAACCCUUCUUUGGGUCAUGUUUUCAUCAUGAAUAAUCGGAGAUUCAUAGAAGUAGAGACAAAACUACAUGGACUGGGACCUUUUUUUGGAGAUGACUGGCUCCACAAAAACACAACAAAGAUCCAAGAAAACCGUGAGCUCUAUCUAAGAAGCUCAUGGAAUAAGAUUGUGGACCUUUUGAAGGUAGACAUCAAUCAACUAGAGACUAGUGUUGUAGCCGAGGUGAUGAAAGACAACCUUUAUUGGUUCAACGAACUCUUUGAUGAGGCAUGCAACAUUCAGUCUGCAUGGUCUGUCAGUGAUGAGGAGCUAAGGGAACAAAUAAUAGAAUCCAUAGAAAACAUGCUGUUGCCAGCAUAUGGAAGUUUCCUUGGUACAUUUGAGGAAUUUACUGGGAAGCAUGCUUAUAAAUACAUUAAGUACGGAAUGUUUGAGGUUCAAGAUCGACUCAGCAAAUUGUUUCUUUUAAGGGAGUAGAUGAUUCUGUUGUUGCUGAAAGAGAAGGAACGGUUAAGGGAGUUUAGCUUUAGAGAACAAAAGUUUUAUUAUCUCAAAGUUCCAAAGGAUAUGUGCCCUGUAUACCACUGUAAGUUUCAAUACAAUCACAAAUGUGUUUCCUUUCUUAUUUUGUUUCCAUGUUUUAGAUUGGCUUGGUUCAAAUUCAUGUUUGGAUAUUUCACAAUUCUAUGCCUUAAAAGAAGGAAACAAUACCUAAGUUUGGGUAGAUUUAGAAAACAGGCUUAACCUAUAUGUGGAUA